GCGGCGGCAGCGGGAGGCGGCGCCCGGACAGACGGGCGGAGGGACUGACGGCCGAAUUGCGGGACUGGAGUGGGGACCAGACGGGCAGCCAAGGCGGGGCGGCGGAGGCAGAGCCCAAGAAAGAGGAGGCGAAAGCGCCGGAGGAUGAGCAGCUCCGGGCCCCGGUCGGGCGCGGCCCCGGGGGGCGGAUAGCGGAGCCCGGAGCGGGCCGCCUGGGCGGCCCGGAGACGAGGCGCCGGCGGAGGCGGCGGUGAGGAUCAGGGCCAGAGCUGGAGGAGAAACAGGAGCAGGCACUGGAGUCAGGCCUGGAACCAUCCCUGACAUGGAGCUGGAGUCAGAGAAGGAGGCUGAGCGGGCUACUCCCCACCCCUCAAUGGGCCCAAGAUCCCCCCGGCCCUUCCCACUGCUGCCACUGCUGCUGCUGCUUCUGGGGGCACAAGCACCUGGGGUACAGAGCCAGGCAGGCAGCCUGGACCUGCAGAUUGAUGAGGAGCAGCCAGCCGGCACACUGAUUGGGGACAUCAGUGCAGGACUGCCUGCGGACACAGCAACUCCCCAUAUGUACUUCAUCUCUGCCCAAGAGGGCAGUGGUGUGGGCACAGACCUAGCCAUAGAUGAGCAGAGUGGUGUGGUGCGGACUGCCCGAGUUCUGGACCGAGAACGCCGAGACCACUACCAAUUCACUGCAGUCACACCAGAUGGUGCCACCGUGGAGGUCACGGUGCGUGUUGCUGACAUCAAUGACCACGCCCCUGCCUUCCCAAAGGCUCGUGCCAGCCUUCAGGUACCAGAGCACACAGCCCCUGGCACUCGUUACCCCCUGGAGCCUGCCCAUGAUGCUGAUGCUGGCCAUCUGGGUACCCAGGGCUAUGCACUGUCUGGGGAAGGGGCUGGCCAGGCCUUCCGAUUAGAAACACGUCCUGGCCCUGAUGGUUCCCCUGUGCCUGAGCUGGUGGUCAGUGGGGAGCUAGACCGUGAGAACCGCUCACACUAUACCCUGCGGCUAGAAGCUUAUGAUGGCGGGACACCCCCUAGGCGAGCCCAGGCACUGCUGGAUGUGACCCUGGUGGACAUCAAUGACCAUGCCCCUGCCUUCAACCAGAGUCGAUACCGGGCAGUGGUGUCUGAAAGCCUCCCCCCUGGCAGUCCCGUCCUACAGGUAUUUGCUGCUGAUGCUGAUGCUGGGGCCAAUGGCGCUGUGACCUAUGAAAUCAAUCGACGGCAGAGUGAUGGUGAUGGCCCCUUUUCUAUCGAUGCCCAAACGGGGCUACUGAGACUUGAGCGGCCACUGGACUUUGAGCAGCGGCGGGUGCAUGAGCUGGUGGUACAGGCCCGUGAUGGGGGAGCUCAUCCUGAAGUGGGCUCAGCUUUUGUCACUGUGCAUGUGCGUGACUCCAAUGACAAUCAACCCACCAUGACCAUCAUCUUCCUUAGUGAGGAUGGCUCCCCUCGUGUGUCCGAGGGUGCACAGCCAGGGCAGCUGGUGGCUCGAAUCUCAGUGUCUGACCCAGAUGAUGGGGAUUAUGCACAUGUCAAUGUAUCCCUGGAGGGUGGGGAUGGGAAAUUUGCCCUGACCACUCAGGACAGUGUUAUCUACCUGGUGUGUGUGGCUCGGCGGCUAGACCGAGAGGAGCAAGAUGCCUAUGAGCUCCGAGUCACCGCUACCGAUGCUGGGUCCCCUCCUCUGCGUGCAGAGGCUGCUUUUGUCCUUCAUGUCACAGAUGUCAAUGACAAUGCACCAGCCUUUGAUCGCCUGCUCUACCAACCUGAACCUCUCCCUGAGGUCGUGCUCCCUGGCAGCUUUGUGACCCGGGUCACUGCCCGUGACCCUGACCAGGGCCCCAAUGGCAAUGUGGCCUAUAGCAUUAUGCCUGGAACCCAUGCCCAUUGGUUUGCUAUUGAUGCAGUUACAGGAGUAAUUACCACAGCCGCCCCACUGGACUAUGAGCUUGAACCGCGGCCACAGCUGACGGUGCUGGCCACCGAUGGGGGACAGCCUGCCUUAUCUUCCACAGCCGUGGUCAAAGUGGUCCUACAAGACGUGAACGACAAUGAACCUGUGUUCAAGAGGACCUUCUACAAUGCCUCCCUGCCUGAGGGCACAGUCCCUGGCACCUGCUUCCUACAGGUGACAGCUACAGAUGCAGACAGCGGCCCCUUUGGCCUCCUUUCUUACUCACUGGGAGCUGGGCUUAGCUCCAUAGGCCCACCCCCAUUCCAGAUCGACCCCCUCACUGGAGAGGUGUGCACAUCCCGAAGUCUGGACCGUGAUCAAGGACCCCCCAGCUUUGACUUCACCGUUACCGCUGUGGAUGGGGGUGGCUUGAAGUCACUUGUCUAUGUAAAGGUAUUUGUGUCAGAUGAGAAUGACAACCGGCCCGAGUUCUACCCAAGGAUAUAUGCAGCCAGUGUGAGCACCCAGAGCCUACCAGGCACAGCUGUCCUGAGGGUCAGUGCCCAUGACCCUGACCAAGGUCCCCAUGGCACCCUUACCUACCGCAUCCUGGCUGGGAACAGCCCUCCGCUCUUUGCCCUGGACAAGGACUCUGGGCUAGUAUCUGUGGCCUGGCCCCUUUCUGGACGAGCUGACUCUGUGCAGCAGCUGGAGAUUGGUGUCCAGGAUGCUGGUGGCCUUCGAGCUGAGCACAAUGCCCAGGUCAACAUCAGCAUCAUCUCCGGGCCUCUUGCACCUCCAGUCUUUGAGCAAGCACAAUAUGUCUUCUCUGUGCUUGAGGAUGUACCUCCAGGAACAAGUGUGGGCACCAUACGGGCACACCACCCCCCAGGCCGCCCAGGCUCUGUGCUCCUCACACUGUCUGGGGGAGACCCCCAGGGCCUCUUCUCAUUGGAUGGGACAUCAGGACUGUUGCGGACACGGCGUCUGCUGGACAGGGAGCGCCUGGGGCCAGUGCUAGAGCUGGAGGUGCGUGCAGGCAUGGGGUCUCCUCCAGCCUUUGCCAUGGCCCGGGUUCGUGUGUUGCUGGAUGAUGUUAAUGAUAACGCACCUGCCUUCCCUUCACCCACGGAUACUGUGUGGCUGCCCCCGGAUGCUGGUCCAGGCACACCUGUGUAUACACUGCGGGCUCCUGAUCCUGACAGUGGUACCAGUGGCCAUGUCACCUUCGCACUGGUGGCUGGGGGAAAAGGAGCCUUUGCCGUGGACCCUGCCACAGGCCAUGUGCAAUUGGUGAGGCACCUGGGGGGGCUGGCCCAUGAGCUAGAGCUGGAAGCACGUGAUGGUGGCUCACCCCCCCUGACCAGCCGCUUCCUGCUUCGAGUAGCUGUGCAAGAGGCAGGGUCCAGGACUGGUAUAGGGACUGACACUGGGGGUGGAGGUGGGAUCCCCAAGUUUGACAACCCCACUUAUCACGUGGAGCUAUCUGAAAGUACAGCCCCAGGCACCAAGUUCCUGCAGGUGCGGGCACAGGGCCCUAAGGGAGGGCCCCCUAUAUCCUACCACUUGCAGUCAGAUGGGGUGGGUACAGCCUUUGGUGUGGAGUCACGUAGUGGGUGGCUUUGGGUACGUACAGCAUUGGACCAUGAGGCAUGGGAAGUAUACACAUUACCAGUCUUGGCCGUGGCUGGGGAUGGUCAAGGGAGUCUGACCGGCACAGCCACUGUGAGGGUGAGCAUCCGAGACAGGAAUGACCAUGGGCCCCGUCUCACUGAGGAGCCCACUUUCCUUGCUGUGGCUGAGAACCAGCCACCAGGAACUACUGCAGGCCGCAUUACAGCCACCGAUCGAGACUCGGGCCCCAAUGGGCACCUCACUUACCACCUACUGCAGCCACCAGAUGAGAGUGGGGCCUUCCACAUCCAUCCACAGACAGGAGAAGUGACCACACGACGUAGCCUAGACCGUGAGCAGCAGAGCAGUUACCAGCUCCUGGUACAAGUGCAAGAUGGAGGUGCUCCUCCCCGGAGCACUACAGGCACAGUGCACAUCAUGGUGCUGGACCUAAAUGACAACAGCCCAACCUUCCUACAUACCCUGGGGGCAGCUGGUGGCGGGUUUCCUGUGCAGGUGUUGGAAGGCAUCCCUCCUGGAACCCUUGUCACACGCCUACAGGCAAAGGACCCAGAUGAAGGAGAAAAUGGAACAGUCCUAUACAGCAUGACAGGCCCUGGCUCAGAGCUAUUCUUGCUACACCCUCACUCUGGAGAGCUGAGCACAGCUGGGCCCCUGAGUCGACUGGAAAGGCCCCACUUUGUGCUAACAGUGAAUGCUCAGGACCAGGGCAGCCCCCCCAGAAGCACCAGCCUCCAGCUGCUCCUACAGGUGCUGCCCCGGACCAGAUCUCCAGUAGCUCCUGAUGCCUCAGCAGCCCCAGCAGUGCUGACACUGACAGCAGGAGAGGGGCUUCAGCCAGGCUCCCUGCUGGGAUCAGUGGCACUUCCAGGGGCCCCCCAAGGGGUACUUACAUACACAUUGGUGGGUGGAGGUGACCCUGAGGGCACGUUUGCAUUGGAUGCAGCCACAGGUCAGCUGUACCUGGCCAGGCCCCUGGACUUUGAAGCAGGGCCAGCAUGGAGAGCCCUGACUGUGAGGGCUGAGGAAGUGGGUGGGGGUGUUCCAACUUACUCUCCUGGGCCUCGGCUGCUACGUGUGGAGCUACGUGUGGAGGAUGAAAAUGAGCAUGCACCCACCUUUUCCCGUGACCCACUAACUCUAGCACUGCCUGAGAACCCACCCCCAGGAGCUGCAAUCUACACAUUCCAAGCUGCAGAUGCAGAUGGGCCUGGCCCAAAUAGUGAUGUGCGCUACCGCCUGCUGCGCCAGUCACCCCCAGUCCCUGCCUUGCGACUGGAUCCCCGCACUGGUGCCCUCAGUGCCCCCAGAGGCCUGGAUCGUGAGGCCACACCUGCCCUGCUCUUGCUGGUGGAGGCAACUGAUCAGGCCCGGAAUAUCAGCCUGCGCCGCAGCACACGUGUCUCAGCUAGGGUAUUUGUGACAGAUGAGAAUGACAAUGUCCCAGUCUUUGUCUCACCCCAUACCACCCUGCUUCCUGAGGACCAACCAACUAGUUCUGUGGCACUCUAUGUGGUGGCCCGUGACCCAGACCUGGGUGAGGCUGCCCGCCUGUCCUACCAACUAGCAGGUGGCAACAGUGACGGACACUUUCACUUGCAUCCUAGCACUGGUGCACUGUCUAUCAUAAGACCCCUAGACCGGGAGCAGCAAGCUGAACACAUGUUGACUGUGGUUGCUUCAGACCAUGGUUCCCCUCCCCGAUCAGCCACUCAGUUGCUGACAGUCAGUGUGGUUGACAUCAAUGAUGAGGCCCCCACCUUUCCACAGGCAGCAUACCACGUCCAUGUGCCUGAGAACCGUCCACCCGGCACCACUGUGCUCACCUUGCAUGCCACCGACCCUGACUUGGGUGUUAAUGGACAAGUGACAUAUGGUGGUGUCUCUGGUGACACCUUCUCCCUGGACCCAAACACUGGAGUCCUCACUACUCGACAGGUCCUGGACAGAGAAGAGCAGCAGGAGAUCAACCUGACUGUGUAUGCCCAAGAUGGGGGUUCACCGCCCCUGCUGAGCCAUGUGUCAGUGCAUGUGACUGUGGAGGAUGAGAAUGACCACGCACCAGCCUUUGGGAGCUCCCACCUCUCCCUGGAGGUUCCUGAGGGCCAGGAUCCCCAGACACUGACCGUGCUUAGGGCAUCAGAUCCUGAUGUUGGCCCUAAUGGGCAGAUUAACUAUCAAAUACUGAAUGGCGACCUAUCAGGAGCCUUCAUCUUAGAUGCAGUAUCGGGGACACUGGGCACAGCGCGAUCCCUAGACCGAGAAGCAGAACCAUCAUUCCAGCUCCUGGUGGCGGCCAGAGACGGAGGCCAGCCUGCACUGAGUGCCACAAUGCUGGUGACUGUGACGGUGCUAGACGCCAAUGAUCACGCACCCACCUUCACAGCACCAUCCUAUGCAGUAGAGGUACCUGAGGAUGCACCCCUAGGGACACUGUUGCUUCAGCUGGAAGCUCGUGAUCCUGAUGCUGGUGCCAAUGGACGUGUGGCCUACUAUAUGGGUGAAGGUGCGGCUGGUGCCUUCUUGCUGGAGCCUGACUCAGGAGAACUGCGCACAGCUAUUCCACUGGACCGUGAGCGGCAGGCUCGCUAUGGCUUUGUAGUGCAUGCUGUGGAUGGAGCUGCAGCUGGGCCGCUCAGUUCCAGUGUGUCUGUCACUGUUACCGUGCGUGAUGUUAACGACCAUGCACCUGCCUUCCCAGCCAGCCCCCUACGGCUCCGGUUGCGCCCCACUCGCACAGCCCUGGGCCAGGGUUCCCUGGGUCCUCACAUAUUAGCCACACUAAGGGCUGAGGACCGUGAUGCUGGUGCCAAUGCCUCAAUCUUGUACCGACUGGCAGGGCCUGCACCCCCUGGUGUCUCUGUGGACUCAUACACCGGUGAGAUCCGCUUGGCACGCCCACCCGCUGCCCUGGGCCCCCGGAACCGUGUACUCUUCAUUGUGGCCACUGACCUUGGCCGCCCAGCUCGUUCUGCCACUGGUGUGGUUGUUGUGGGGUUACAAGGAGAAACUGAACGUGGCCCUCGAUUUCCCCGGCCCAGCAGUGAGGCUGCUAUUCCUGAGGAUGCCCCACCAGGGACCCUCAUUGUGUCCCCCCAGGCCACCCAUGCUGGGGGCUCCACAGGCACUAUCACCUACAGCAUCCUCAGUGGCAAUGAGCAUGAUCUUUUCUCCAUUGAACCCAGCACAGGGGCACUCUCGGUGAAGGCAGCAGGUGGACUGGACUUCGAGACAAGUCCAAGACUGCGACUGGUUCUUCAGGCAGAGAGUGGUGGUUCCUUUGGCUUCACAGUGCUGACGCUGAGCCUACAGGAUGCUAAUGACAAUGCUCCACGAUUUCUAAAGCCACACUAUGCAGCAUUUGUACCUGAGUCAAGGCCUUUGUCUGGGCCUCUCCUGAAGGUAGAGGCUGAUGACCUGGACCAGGGCCCAGGGGGACAAGUCACUUAUAGCCUGGCUCCAUCCCAGGCCACUCGGGGGCUAUUCCACAUAGACCCAGCUAUGGGUACGAUUACCACCACAGCCAUCCUGGACCGAGAGAUCUGGGCAGAGACUCGCCUGGUGGUGAUGGCCACAGAUAGAGGCUCCCCACCCCUAGUGGGCUCAGCCACACUGACCGUGCUGGUCAUCGAUGCCAACGACAACCGGCCAACCAUCCCCCAGCCCUGGGAGGUUAGAGUGCCAGAAGAUGCACUUCUAGGGUCAGAGAUCGCUCGGGUGACAGGGAACGAUGUGGACUCAGGACCUGCCCUGUGGUAUGUGCUGAACCCGCCUGGGAUCCAGGGCCCUUUCAGUGUGGGGCGCUAUGGAGGCCGCAUCUCACUCACAGAGCCCCUUGACUUUGAAAAUAUGGACUGUUAUCAGUUGCACCUGCUAGCCCGUGAUGGGCAGCAUGAGGGCAGUGCCAACCUCACGGUACAGGUAGAGGAUGUCAACGACAAUGCGCCCACCUUCUCUCAAAGCCUCUAUCAGGUGACUCUGCCAGAGCACACGACUCCAGGCAGUGCAAUCCUCACCAUCUCUGCCACUGACCUUGAUUCUGGGGACAAUGGCCGCAUCUCCUACCACCUGGUGUCCACCUCAGAGGGCUUUGACAUCGACCCCAGCAAUGGGACCCUGUUCAUGACUCAAGCAGCCUCUCUGAGCUCAGGAGGUCUGGGCACAAUGGACAUGGUGCUGGAAGCACGAGAUCAUGGGGUCCCAGGGCGGACAGCACAGGCCACAGUACAUAUUCAGCUGCAGGAUGAGAAUGAUUACACUCCAAGCUUUGUCCAGCCCCACUACCACAUCACUGUUUCUGAGGACCUCCCACCAGGCUCCACGGUUUUAGUCCUAGAAGCUACAGAUGCCGACCAAAGCCGACUCCAUGCUACACUGGAUUAUACUAUCAUCAGUGGCAACCGUGGUCAAGCCUUCCAGUUGGAAAGGCACCUGGCAGAGGGUGGGUCUGACCCACAGGCUUUGGGCUGCCUUGUAUUGCUUGAGCCACUGGACUUUGAGAGUGUCACUGAGUAUAAUUUGACUGUGUGUGCAGCAGAUAGAGGGAAGCCUCCACGAAGCACAAGUGUCCUCGUUGUCAUCACUGUGCAAGAUGUCAAUGACAAUCCGCCUGUCUUUGCCCAGCCCCAUUACCGUGUGGCUGUGCCAGAGGACACCCCUGUAGGCACUGAGUUACUGCGUGUAGCAGCCUCUGAUGCUGAUCCUGGACCCCAUGGUCUGGUUCACUUCACAAUCAGCUCUGGUGACCCUGUACACCUCUUUGAGCUAGAUGAAAGCUCAGGUGUCCUCCGGCUGGCACGACAGCUAGACCGAGAAGCCCAGGCACAGCAUCAACUGGUGGUUGAGGCAGCUGACCCCCCCGGAGCCCACUUUGCACUGGUGCCAGUUACUGUGGAGGUCCAAGAUGUUAACGAGCAUGGGCCUGCCUUUCCCUUGCUUACCUUGAGUGCUAGCUUGCCUGAGAACCAGCCUCCAGGAACACUGGUGACCACACUCCACGCCCUGGAUAAGGAUACUGGGGCCUUUGGGCGUCUCCACUACACGCUACUAGAGCCAGGAUUAGGACCAGGACUGGGGUCCACACACUGGGACAUGUUUGCACUGAAUGGUUCAUCAGGUGAACUUCGGGCAAGAGUGCCUUUUGACUAUGAGCAUACCCGUAGCUUCCGGUUGCUUGUGGGCGCAGCAGAUGCAGGGAACCUCUCAGCUUCAGUCACCUUGUCUGUGCUAGUCACUGGUGAAGAUGAAUAUGAUCCUGUCUUCCUAGCACCUUCAUUCCACUUUCAGGUGCCGGAGGGUGCUCGGCGGGGCUACAGUCUAGGCCAUGUAGUGGCCACAGAUGAGGAUGGAGGUGCUGAUGGUGUGGUCCUGUACUCCCUUUCUGCUCCCUCCCCAUAUUUUGGGAUCAACCAGACCACAGGUGCUCUGUACCUUCGAGUGGACAGCCAGGCCCCAGGCACAGGGACCAGCGAAGCUGGGGGAGGGGGUCGGGCAAGGAGGGAAGCACCUCGAGAGUUACAGCUUGAGGUGGUGGCUCGAGGGCCCUUGCCUGGAGCCCGAAGCGCCGCAGUACCUGUCACUGUGGACAUAACCCACACAGCUCUAGGCUUAGCACCUGACCUCAACCUGCUGUUGGUGGGUGCUGUGGCAGCCUCGCUGGGUGUGGUGGUGGUACUGGCACUAGCAGCCUUGGUGUUGGGGCUGGUACGUGCCCGUGCUCACAAGGCGGAGGCAGCCCCAGGGCCCACUCUUCCACCUGCCCCCCUUAGCACCAGCUCCCUGCAAAAACCAGGCCGGGAUGCCCCCAGCCCCCCACAUUCUGAACACCUUUACCACCAGACACUACCUGGAUACGGUGGGCCUAGUACAGGAGGUCCUUACCCCCGUGGUGGCUCCCUGGACCCUUCCCACUCCAGCGGGCGUGGUUCUGCGGAGGCAGCCGAAGACGAUGAGAUACGGAUGAUCAAUGAGUUCCCCAGAGUGGCCAGCGUUGCUUCUUCAUUGGCUGCCCGUGGCCCUGACUCUGGUAUCCAGCAGGACGCUGACGCUGAUGGACUGAGUGAUACAUCUUGUGAGCCGCCACCACCCGAUGCCUGGUACAAGGGCCGAAAAGCUGGGCUGCUGCUCCCCGGUCCUGGCCCAGGGCUCUAUCGAGAGGAGGGCCCACCAGCUGCCAGCGCUGCUGGGGCCUUCCUAGGGGGCUGUGGCCUGAGCCCUGCUCCUCCUGGAGACUAUGGUUUCCCAGCUGAUGGCAAACCCUGUGUAGCAGGGGCACUGACAGCCAUCGUGGCGGGCGAAGAGGAGCUCCGGGGAAGCUACAACUGGGACUACCUGCUGAGCUGGUGUCCCCAGUUCCAGCCGCUCGCCAGUGUCUUCACUGAGAUUGCUCGGCUCAAGGACGAGGCACGGCCCUGCCCGCCUGCGCCCCGCAUUGACCCACCCCCCCUCAUUACUGCCGUGGCUCACCCUGGGGCUAAGUCUGUACCCCCUAAGCCAGCUAGCUCCUCUUCAGGCCCAGGAGUCCGUGGUCCCUUCCUGCCCACCCACCGCUCCCCCAUUAGCCAUGAAGGAUCCCUGUCCUCAGCUGCCAUGUCUCCCAGUUUUUCACCUUCACUGUCACCGUUGGCUGCCCGCUCCCCCGUUGUCUCCCCCUUUGGGGUGGCACAAGGACCCUCUGCCUCAGCUCUGAGUGCAGAGCCUGGCCUGGAGGCCCCUGAUGAGGCAGAGCUACAUAUCUAGACUGGAAAGCUCCCAGGGCCCUCUGCAUAGUCAUGAGGACACAGGAUAAGCCCAGUGGCCUGUCCCCUAGAGGCCUUUCCCCAGUUCCAUCUCCUCUCAUCACUAGGUUGGGGGAAGGAAUUACUCCAGGGUCCACUGAUUCCCCCUGGUGGGGAUACUAUCUGGCUCCCCAGAGAUACCCCCUCCUAGACAAUAAAUUCAGUCACCAACCCUGACAGAGGGGCCCUAACAGGCCCAGCCUAGAUUCCCCCAGGGCUCGGCAUAUAUAUCCCUUGGGGCCCAGGCCCAGUAUAUAUAUACCCUGCCUACAGGCCCUAGCAUAUACAACUCUUGAGGCCCAGCAUAUACAAAGGCCCAGCUUACAUCCCCUGGUCUCCAGGAAUCAGUAUAUGCAUAUCCCAGGUCCCCAGGGUUCCAAUCUUUGUUCCUCUGACCUGGGCUUAUCAUAUAUAUUCCCCCAGAGCCCAAAGUUUACACCAGUAUGUAUACCUUCUUGACCACGCCCUUUUCUUAGAUCUCCCAUCUUCAACCUGAAGCCCAACAUAGACACAAACACAUUCCCCAGAUCUACCAGCUCUGAGAUCUGGCACCAGACAUCCUUGGCUAGGAAUCCUCCCAGUCUUCAUCCAAUCUCUAACCCUCUUCCCAGAUGGUCAGACACUUCAUCUAGCCUGUUUGGAGCCUUCUCCUACCAGAAAGCAGACAAUCCUGGCCUUCAGUUUACCUCCCCAAACCGGACCUGGGUCAGUGACCAUCCUCUUCCCUUGCGAACUGACUCAGGAACAACACUUGUGUCCUUCUAUCUCCCCAAACUGCCUUUUCCUCCCUUUGCCUACAUCUCCCCAAACCAGUGCUGUGCUGGUUUUCCCAUCUUACAAAACUCCAGAACUGAGCAGGGCAAUAUAUUUACCAGAAUCUGCCUCUUAGGUCCCUCUUUUCUUUGCCUCGGUUCCUACCAGCACCUGUACUGUCCCUCCACUCCCCACACCCCCACUCCCAGGCAGGGGGCUUACUUCUUUGAGCCCUGAUGUUUUCAAGGCUGGUCUCCCUGAGCCCAGGAGAGGAAGGAGCAGACCAGGCUGGGUCCCCAGGGGUUCUCAAGCGAGUGGAAAGGAGGCUGUCAGUGGGAACUCAGCUAAGAACUGGGGGGGAUAGAA